AUGGCUGAUCCUGUUUCGCUGGUGGCUGCGGGUGUAGGAAUUGCUGAUGUUGCAUUUCGACUUGUCAAGUAUCUCAAGGAUAUCAAAGCAGCAGCUAAGACCAUUGACGAGGACAUCGAAGGCUUAAUCAAUGAGGUCGAAGGUCUACAAAAGGUGCACGGUCACCUCGAGAAGGAGUAUCUUAAGAGUGUCACCAACGUUGAGAUGGGAGAUGACGAAAGAAGCCUAUGGACCAGCACUGGACAGACUCUCAAAAAUGGACAGAAGCUUACAGAGAAGCUCGAGGCUUCGGUGAAAUCCAUAUACGGCGACCAUAGGCUGGCGACUGGCAGGUUCGAUAGCUUUGACAAGUCGCGGAGGAAGAAAAGCAAAGACAGCAUGAUUUCUGGACUUAGAGACCAGAUCAACACAUACCAGGGGGCUUUGCAAAUGCUGCUCGGCUUUAUUUCCAUGCAAUCUGCUCGUCAAAACCAUGAGGAUCAAAAUGCUCAGUUGGAGCAGUUGGUUGCCGAUCUUCAAGACCUGAAGAAUCGAAUGGAGCAAGCCCAGCACUUAUCGCUACCCCCAUACGAGACCGUAGCCAACACAACGGCGUAUCGCGACUUCAACAUAGAAUCGGUAUCAGUUGUGAACCAGCUCGGUAUUGCGAUCAAUAACAUUGCACACAAUCCAACAUCCGAUGCCUCGAUGACGAACGAACAUUUCGAUAUUCCCAAGCCCGUUGAUCCAUUCUAUACUGGUCGUGAGGACUAUGCAGAACGCUUGCGAAGCUGGUUUCUACCGAAUCUUUCUCAGAAACAACAGGGUGCAAAGACCGCAAAGUCAGAGCAAAAGCGCUUCGUUGUAUACGGCCUUGGAGGCGCAGGAAAGACCCAGUUCUGCUCCAAGUUUGCUGAAGACAAUCGCCAUUACUUCUGGGGAGUCUUUUGGGUAGACGGUAGUAGCCCAUCGCGAUUGAAACAAACUUUCUCCCAGAAUGUAUCAAAGAUCGGAAAAGUGGACCUUAACGAGAAUGCCGCGAUUCAUUGGUUAUCAAACCUCAGCUUUCCUUGGCUUCUUAUCAUCGAUAACGCCGACGACCCUGACCUCAAGCUUGCCAACUAUUUUCCACGAGGGAACAGAGGUCACGUCCUCGUCACAACCCGUGAUCCUGGGAAGAAGGCUUACGGUACUGCUGGUGAAAAAUACUUCGAGUUCCAAGGACUGAGCACAAGCGACGCAAGCAGUCUACUUCUGAAAGCAGCCGGUCAGUCAGAACCAUGGGACAGCGUCGUAUCCAGUAUUGCUUUAUCCAUUGCGAAGGCGCUUGGUUAUCUUGCACUGGCAAUCACGCAUGCAGGUAGGGCUAUACGCGAAGAGUAUUGCAGGCUUAGCGAAUAUUUACACUACUACGAGCGCCAAUGGGAACGAACGAGGCAAAACAGACUUCCAGUGAAAGACAAAGACGCAGCUGACGAGCUGAGCGUCUUCUCGACGUUUGAACUGAAUCGAGAAGCCAUCGAGAAGCGAGGAACUAGGGCAUCUCGGGACGCCCUCCAGUUGCUUGACACGUUCGCAUUUCUCCACAAUCAAGACAUUCGAUACGACUUACUGAAACGAGCCGUCGAGAACGCCCAAGUCGAACACCAGAAGGAAAUAGAAGACAAGAUUAAUGAACGUCAGUCUAAGGAUGCUAAACCCACACGCGACUGGUCAACGUGGUGCAAAGAAACUGCUUUCCUGGUUCUCGCAUAUCUUUAUCAAAACCGUAGUCCUCCGGUCCUUCCAGGUGUGGGUCUUCCCAUCAUUCGCUCCCCUGAGAAUAUUUCUGAUACAUCACAGAUCAUCUGA